AAUGUUGGUUCUCUUUAUAUUGCUCUCUACUCUUAUUUCUUCAGUCUACACUUGCCAAAGUGACGACAUAGUGUUUAGGAUGUGGCAACCCCUCCCCCCUGUAAUCCUGGAUGAAGCUGGGAAUCCUCUGGAAGGAUUGAAGGAAUGUGGAAAUUUUCCUGAUCAAACCCAGUGUUGGGCAGAGGGGUGUAUCGCAGACGACAAGGUUGAGGCUAACGAUACAAAGAGAUGCAGCGAUUAUUUUUGUUGGAAGGGAUUCUGCUUAAACUCUGUGGAAAGAGAGAAGUAUGUCGUAAUCCCCUUUGGAAACCAGACGGAGACAAAUUCAACACUGGUAGGCACGACCCAGGCCAGUGAUAACAACGCCACAACUACAGAUCCUCUCAACUCACUGUUUGAUCAGCUUCAGGCGGACGAAGGGGCCUUCGUUGACCUGCCAAUUAUUAUGAUAGAGGUGGAUAAUGUUGAUGAUCAUAUCAACGAAACUGAGUCCUCCACCUCAGAAAUAUCCUCAGAAUCGUCUCCAGCUUCAAGCAUUUCUCCAACAUCAAGUUCUCUGGAAACAAGACGAGUAGUAGAGGAGAGUAAAGUGGCAAAUGUAUCUCCAGAAGUUAUUAAAGUUCCAGGAGCCAACAGUUCUUUUAUGUUUCAGCAGUUUCAGCAUGGAAGAAGAACAUGAAGGAUUUGAACUGCAGCAGAAGUGCUUUGAAUUGAAAACAUAUUUACAUGUAAUUUGAAAAAGCACUAAAUAAAACUGUGAUAAAAAGUUGAUUUGUAUACUAAUGAAUCCUUUAUUAUGAUGAAUAAAUAAUAACAGUAA